GGUGGGAGUUGGGUACUCUCCAGUAGGUAUAUAAGGAGUUAUGUAGGCCCCGCCGUGUGCAUCAUCCAUCGCAAUCCGAGCUCGAGGGCAUCUCAGCUUUAUGGGGCGCCACCGGCUAGCUCCAUCUCCAGGCUCCCGUCCUCACCGCAGUCACCAGUGUGAGUCAAGCCCGAGCGGUGAGCGGCCAAGAACAACAACUAGAACGAGAAAAAAGAGCCUCCUCCUCCGCCGCCACAAAACGCCCCACUCGCUAAUCGCAAUCGCAAUUGCAAUCGCGUUUCGAAUCAGGCUGAGACAGCAUGGCAGCAUGGACCGCGAGGCAAUCGCCGGCCUCGCUUGGGACCACUGCAUUCUGCACGUGGCUGCAUUGCGUCAGGACGAGCAGCUACUCAACUUCAUAUCCAGGUACCAAAGGAGAGGAUCGGUACACGACGUACGUACACACAAACGCCAGUGCCGCGGUGAUAGCGACCUUCCACGAACCGCCGGAGAGACCGUGGCUUGCAGGGCCGCGUCACGAUGCGUGGCUGUCUCGCUUAACUCUAACUACACCUGAUGAUCCGCGAUGCGUCAGCAACCAGUGCACCACGGAUCGGAAGGAAGCCUACCGAACUCCGGGCAGCCACGCUUGUUCCUGAGAGGGCACCGUGCUGCGUGAAGUUGGUAGAUGGAUGGAUACUGAGAGACCCUCGACGGGUACGGGCAACUGGUGAGACUGAUUCCAUUGACUAGAAAGCAACAAGAAAGAAAAUCAGUCUGUGUUCUUCAGACUGAACAAUUUCAAAGU